AAUCCCCAAAUCCGAACCAAACGUGGAGAAUUACAGACCUAGUACAUAACCUGCUUCUUGCUCCUUAAUCAUCAGCAGUAAUAAUAAUAAUACUAAACUACUCGUAGUAGAGUAGAGGAGCAUCACUGUAUCUUUUUCAUCCCAAAAAAAAAAAAAAAAAAAGUAGAAAUUGAAGGAUGUCACUGGGGGAGUCUAAUGGAGUUCAUGGCCUCGGAUCAAGCUUCCUAGAAGAUGGUACGCCUAUGUACAACCUUAUGAUGCCGCCGCCGGUUUCCUCUUCCCCCUCCUCUUACCAGCUCCCCGCCGGAGGAGAACCGCCGCUGAUCACUUCAGCUCAGCCUUCCCUGAACCCUAGCGCGCCGGAACCAGCGGUUAAGAAAAAGCGAGGGAGGCCGCGGAAGUACGCUCCCGACGGCUCCGCCAACGCUGCGAUAAUAUCCCCGCCGCCGCCGCCGCCGCUGGCUGUGCAGUCUGCUGCCGGUGGAUCUUUGUCGCCCACCGGCGCGGCGGCGGCGGAGACCGCCGCCGCGUCUCCGAAGAAAAAGGGGAGGGGCAGACCUCCCGGUUCUGGGCGAAAGAACCAAAUGGCUGCUGCUUCUUUAGGAUCUGCAGGGGCAGGGUUCGGAUUUAAACCGCAUGUUGUCACGAUAAAAGCGGGAGAGGAUGUGCAGGCAAAAUUAAUGUCGUUUUCUCAGAAUACCUCGCAAGCCAUCUGUAUUCUGUCAGCAAACGGUGCCAUAUCUAAUGUAACACUUCGCCAAGCAGCAACGUCUGGUGGGACUGUGACCUAUGAGACAUAUCCUCUCGUGGUUGAAGGGCAUUGGGUUAUUGCAUUGCACAAGGAGGUUCAUUAUUUUGAUGGUUGUACAGGGACGAUUCGAGAUCCUGUCUCUAUCGGGAUCCUUUCUACUCUCGGAACUGGGUGGUCAGCGCAGCAGAACGGGUGGUUUGAGCGUGUCCCUAGCCGGACCAGAUGGUCACGUUUUAGGCGGUUGCGUUGCAGGUCUUCUAACCGCUGCAUCUCCCGUUCAGGUUAUUGUUGGAAGUUUCAGCAUUGAAGUUCAUCAACAGCAAGCAGGCAAUUGUGAAGGGCUAGCCAGUCCAGGCAUGCUCAUUUCAGGAGGAGCCGCCAAAAGCCCACCUUCGCUCGGAACCCUAAGCGCGUCCAGUGGUGGCGGCCCCGUCAGCCCUCAUAACCACCACCUCGAAACUUCAAAUAGCAGUCCGUCUGGAAUCGCGAGCAUCCAGUGGAGGUAGAACAACUCAAAAUGUAACUCGGGAUCGCCCCCCGGCCCCGCCCUCCACCCCACCCCCUCCUAACUCUGUUCUAGGAAAACCUGUCAUCAUAAUUCUCUAGGAACCUUAGCAAUCUAGUUUAUUAUGUAGUAUGUAGGACUCAGCUUUGUGUGUGUGUGUAAUGAAGUGUGCAAUUUAGGUUAAGUGACACCUUACAACUGCCUGUGUGAUUUGCAUUUUACAAUGUCAAACCACUUAUAUGUUGUUAUAUGCUAUUUUUGUUUCUUUAUAA